AUGAUCGACAUCCCUAUAAAUAUAUUCAUUUCCUUUUUUUUUUAUUUCCCUUUCUGCCUGCCAUACAUUCUUCUUCUUUCUCACUUUUUCUUGAUCUCUACAUGGCCCAAAUCAAUUCAUUCAUUCUUUCUUUCUUUCUUUCUUUCUUUGGUCUGCAUGGCCCAAAUCAAUUCAUUCAUUUUUUCUUUCUUUCUUUCUUUCUUUCUUUCUUUCUUUCUUUCUUUCUUUAAUCUGCAUGGCCUAAAUCAAUUCUUUCUUUUUUUCUUUCUUUCUUUCUUUCUUUCUUUCUUUCUUUCUUUCUUUCUUUCUUUGGUCUGCAUGGCCCAAAUCAAUUCUUUCUUUCUUUCUUUCUUUCUUUCUUUCUUUCUUUCUUUCUUUCUUUGGUCUGCAUGGCCCAAAUCAAUUCAUUCAUUCAUUCUUUCUUUCUUUCUUUCUUUCUUUCUUUCUUUCUUUCUUUCUUUCUUUCUUUGGUCUGCAUGGCCCAAAUCAAUUCAUUCAUUCAUUCUUUCUUUCUUUCUUUCUUUCUUUGGUCUGCAUGGUCCCCGGUAG